UUCCUGGCCCCGCAGUCUCUGGCUGGCCCGCCGGAGGCUCCGGCUUUGGCGCGAUGGCCCGGCGCGGAGACUCAUCAUCUUCAGGAAGUGACGAUGAAUUUGAAAAAUUUUUGUCUAGAAUGAGAAUCCCCAGAUCUGCUUCAUGUUGCACACCAAGGACAAGAAACAGCAGUUCAAAGAAUUUGUUUAGCUCUCCUGAAGAUAAGUAUGGAUUUGCAGCAAAAGAUUCACGACCUCUCCGUGCAGCAAAAGCCUCCGAUGUUGCUGGAAGGGCGGCUGCCUGCUCUGCUGGGUCUAUUUUCUCCCCACUCUCGUGCAGUGACCCCGACAGUGAGGACGAUCCCGUCUUUGUUGGAGGCCCCCCAGGGAACCCCUCCCACCCCCUGCCUCCUGCCUCUCCUUGGAGGGGCUCCGCUGCUUCCUGGGGGAGGCCAGGCUCUUCCCUCCUCCAGAGCCAGCGGCAGAGCUCAAGGGAGUCGGAGAGCUCCGAUGAGGAGGUGGAAAGCCUUGUGGUUCGCAUGAAGCGAAGGUUCUUCUUCCCUGAAGCCAGGAGGGCCGGGAGCCAGCAAGGCCCCCGUGAGGAGGGAGGCCUGGGGUCUUCCCUUGAAAGCCCAGCCACGGCUGCGAAGAGCAAGGGCAGCCUUCCCUCAGCAGCCAGGAUCCCUGCUCCUGGCACACCGCCUUCCCCCGGGACUUCUAAGAGCAAGGCCCUCCUGGAUAUUACUCAGUCAGCUACUCGGAUGCAAAUGGGGGGACCCUGCCGCGUCCAGGGCUGCUUCCUGCAGGAAUUGUCAGACCCAGAAUCCCAACUAGCAAAACAUUUCCAGAGCCAAAAAGAAGGGCUGGCUCAAAGGCUGUAUUCUUUUUACAAUCAUUCUAUCUUUGAGGAGAAGCUGCCCGAGAGAAUGGAGAUGAUCUGGAAUAAGAAGAUGCAGAAGACCGCAGGGUGUUGUGUAACUGGCCAGCUGAAGAACCCAGAGAUGCAGCGUUACGCCAAGAUAAUACUCUCAGAAAAAGUCUGUGAUUCUGCAGAUCGACUUCGGGAUACUCUCAUCCACGAACUGUGUCAUGCAGCGACAUGGUUGAUCCACGGUGUUCGAGAUGGGCACGGGCGAUUCUGGAAUUUAUAUGCCAAGAAGUCUGCUACGAUUCAUCCAGAGCUCCCAGUAGUCUCACGGUGCCACAACUAUGAGAUAAAAUACAAGUUUACUUACGAAUGCUUACAGUGCAAAAACACAAUUGGGCGCCAUUCCAAAUCCCUCGACACGCAGCGCUUUGUCUGCGCUCUUUGCAAGGGGCAGCUGGAGCUUCGCCAGCCCAAGCUCAAAGACGGCACCCCAGCCAAAGCCCCACUCGCUCCAUUUGCAAAAUAUGUGAAGGAAAACUACAGUUCCGUGAAGCACUCUCAGCAGGGCCUGAGCCAUGGAGCCAUAAUGAGGAAGCUCAGUGUGGACUUCGCCUCCCACUCUUGAUUGAACAACUGGUGUGGCAGCUCCAGACCAAUGCUUGCAAAAUGAGGUUUCUGAUAUAGAGGAGGAGACAGGGGCCGAUGGAAAACCAUUGUCAUAAUUCAGCCUUUUAAAUGUUCUUUGUAUGUUUAAAUAUUACACAUAUUUAAAUGUAUUUGUAUAUGCUCAUUUUCUCCUAGGGCUUCAA